UGUUGUUGGUUUUUUGUUGGUACAUCAAAGUCAAUUUCUCGAAACUCGAAAAAGCGAUCCCCGCCCAGAAUUGCCGAAGCAAUAGCCUAUCCACACCCACUGCCACCCACUCAAAAGCAACAACAACACUAAAAGCAACAAAGACAACAACCGCAACGAGAGAGUAACAAAUUAAAUUUGGUUUUAGCCAUAAAAAAAAGCAGCAAACAAGAGGCCAGAGAGGCAGAGGAAGCCCAGAGACAAGAGACAAGAGUGGAGCAGCCGAGUAGCAGAAGAAGGAGCAGAAGAGCAGCAACAGCAGGAGCAUCCAUCAGCAAGUGGCAGCCCCGAACGAAGCCGUUUCAAGCAGCCCAUCAAAAUCUGUUACCGUUCCGUACGACGCGACGCGACGCUCGUUCCGUGGGGGAAACCAGCAACAAAGUCAGCCAUAAAAAAAAGCAGCAAACAAGAGGCCAGAGAGGCAGAGGAAGCCCAGAGACAAGAGACAAGAGUGGAGCAGCCGAGUAGCAGAGGAGCGAAGAGCAGGGAGCAGAAGAGCAGCAACAGCAGGAGCAUCCAUCAGCAAGUGGCAGCCCCGAACGAAGCCGUUUCAAGCAGCCCAUCAAAAUCUGUUACCGUUCCGUACGACGCGACGCGACGCUCGUUCCGUGGGGGAAACCAGCAACAAAGUCAGAGACAACACAAAUAUGUCGAGCGAUUCGAGUCGGCGCAUCCAAGUGCCCGAGGAGCUGAAGGAGGUCCUCUUGCAGUUCUCCAUUGCGUAUCUGGUGGAGCAGCCCCCGGAUGUGAUCGACUAUGCCGCCGACUAUUUCAAUAAGCUGCAGGCCAAUCGUCCGGCUCCGAUCAACCAGGAUCACAGUCAGGAUGAUCAGCAGAGCAUCAACUCCCAGGAUGGAGAAGAGCCACCCGUUAUGCAAAACUCACGCCGCAAAUCAGUCUUCGCCGAGGCCUACGAUCCGGAGGCGGAUGAUGAUGAUGAGGGAGCCACUGCCAUAUUCCCAAAAACAGAUGAACAGCGUUCCCGUCUAGUCGAGUCGGUGAAAAAUGUUCUCCUCUUCCGUUCGCUCGAAAAGGAACAGAUGAACCAAGUGCUGGAUGCGAUGUUCGAGAGGAAGGUUCAGCCGGGCGAUUAUAUCAUACGCCAGGGCGACGAUGGCGAUAACUUUUAUGUUAUUGAAUCGGGCAUCUACAAAGUCUAUAUUAAUGACAAGCACAUUAACACCUAUAAUCAUACUGGACUUUUCGGCGAAUUAGCGCUGCUCUACAAUAUGCCCAGAGCGGCCACCGUGCAGGCGGAAACCAAUGGUCUGCUCUGGGCCAUGGACCGUCAGACCUUCCGACGCAUUCUCCUGAAGUCCGCCUUCAAGAAGCGAAAAAUGUAUGAGGAGUUGUUGAACAACGUGCCCAUGCUCAAGGCCUUGCAGAACUAUGAACGCAUGAAUCUGGCUGAUGCUUUGAUCACAAAGAGCUUCGAAUCCGGCGAACGGAUCAUCAAGCAGGGGGACGCUGCCGAUGGCAUGUACUUUAUUGAGGAGGGCACCGUGUCCGUGCGCAUGGAUCAAGACGAUGCCGAGGUGGAGAUAUCGCAGCUGGGCAAGGGCCAGUACUUUGGUGAACUGGCGCUGGUGACACAUCGGCCACGUGCCGCUUCCGGUUACGCCACGGGUGGCCAUGUCCGGCUUGCAUUCCUUGACACGGAGGCCUUUGAACGCAUCAUGGGCUUCCUCACCGACGUGCUCAAGCGUAACAUUGUGAUCUAUGAGCAGAUGUUCACCGAAAUGGCCCGCCGCAACACCAAUCUAUAAACGAUUGGCUCCGUUGGGCUCAGUUCAGUUCAGUUCAGUGAAGAGUAAUACUAGUCCAAAUUUAUUGUCUAGUUUAUCGAAUUACAAGAAUUAUAAUUUCCCAGUUCAGUUGAUA